CACGGAGACCCCACUACGCCUCCUCCAGCCACAGGGACCUCCAGCUCCGGACCGCCACCACCAGCCCCAAACUCAUGGACAACAUCCAGCUCUUCGUGCUGUGUGUGUUUGCGCUGCACCAGAGCCUAGCCAUGCCUCUGGGAAGCCAGUGCAUGGACGAGUCCUACUGCAGCCUGCCCGACUACUACGGCCAGCUCAUCAACCUGCCACAUCGCAUCAACGAGAGGAGCAUCGCUUCCUGGACCUACGUGGAGAACAUUGACCUGGACCGGAUCCCCCGGAUCAUCCACGAGGCCUACUGCCACACCAGCCACUCCUGCCAGGGCGUGGAGGGCCCGUCCAGCCUGGAGACCAUCCCCAUCUCCCUGAGGGUGCCGGUCCUGAAGAGGAACCCUGCCUGCUUCCCCAGGGCCAGCUACUCCCUGGAGUACGAGUCCAUCAACAUCGCCUGCAUCUGCGCCGUGUCCCGGAGCAGCUGAGGGCCGCAGCGACACGAUAAACGAUGAAUCAAUGAUGGAAACACCCCCUUAACAAAGGCCCUCCCUCCUAGGGAGGCCCAGACACACCCUCCCAUACAGUAGACAACCCAGCGGCCUCCUGACCGAGCUCCAGCACAGGGCUACGGUCGCAGCGCCUUCACUUUAGACACUGUAGAACUAAACCUGCGUUUUGUGCAAAAUGAAAUAAACGUACAUUUUAACAGUGAAAUGUGUUUCUUAGAGAGCAGUAGCUACUAUACUUGAUAUUACUAUACAUAUUAAUAUGCAUAUAAUACUAAUAAAUAAAUGUGUAUAUAUGUUGGAUAUUAUGCUUUAUAUAAUAUAUGACGUUGACCGAUGAGAAUACAUUUAGUAGCACCUGGCGGGGAAAUACAGACUGAAUACCCCCUUCACCCCUCUUCUUUCAUGGACUACGGUCUAUAUUGAGUACGGUCAGUACCAGUCGUAUCAUUCAUCUCAAAAGGAGCGAAUGUUGAUUUGCACUGCGGUACGCGCUGUUUCUGAAAGAGCGAUACUUUGAGUUAUCAACAGGGAAACAACCAUAUCUAACUUCUCUAAACAUGGAUCUAUUAAAGAAUGCACACCGAAUUUUUCAGAGGCUAUACGUCAGGGGCGUCCCAGUGAUCGAUGAAGCACUGACAAUAACCCAAACGUGUGUGUGGCAGCAUGGAGCUGAUCCUGAGCAGGUUCAGCAGGCGGUUAGGUUGGAGUAGACAUCUGAGAGGGUGAAGCUUCUCAGAUGCAUAGAAGUUAACUCAUUAGAACGCUCCUACAGAACGUUUGAAAAAAAUGCGUUCCCUCCAGAGGAGUUUGUCCGUUCUGGGCUACAGUAGAAUCAUGGAGUCCUCCUUGGAAGAGGACCCGCUUCCAUAUAGAUAUGAAGAGCUCAUUCUAAGAUAAAAAAUAUAUUAACAUUAUUAUUUUCUAGGUAUUAUACACUAAUAAUAACAUACUUAACAUACUUAUUAUAUUCCAUUCCAGGCUAUUUCGUUGUGAUGGAUCUACUGACUCUACCUUUAAACCCCACAUUAGAACGUGUUGCUGAUGCUGCGGCUUUCCUCUAUCUGCGAACUAAAUUUAAACGAUAUAUGAUAUACUACAGUGAUGAUAUA